AUGUACGCCUCGGCAGCCCUCCCCCUCGUCCUUUUGCUCCUGUGCUGGUAUCGGAUCGCUAUUCCUCCGCGAAAUCUGCGACACCUCCCUCGAGUGGCCAUCCUUCCUCUUCUUUGGAGCUAUCUGCGUGGAGAGACCGAAGACUGUCGGAUAAAGAGGCUCGUCUUGCCUUUUUCUAGGGAUGCCGGUGAACAGGUUGUUCUCGUGUGGGUUCUGGGUCGAUGGAUGGUGCAUAUUUUGGAUUUCAAGCUUGCCCAAGAACUUUGUGACAAUGUCGUUCUAUUUCCGAAGGAGACUCCUGACGACGCGUCCCUGUUGUGGCGCUUCGUUGGUUCUGCCAGUCUUCUCAUGUCCAAUGGCGAGCAGUGGCGGAAGCAGUCUGUCUUGAUCGACGAAGCCUUCAACGCUAGAAUUCCUAUUGCAGCCUUCACCUCUCUAGCUCAUAAUCUCUCCGCAAUCGUGGGGAAGAAGAGGUCUUCCGUGACUUGGGACAAAUACUCGCAGCGGUUCGCCCUUGACGCCGUUGGCUCUACGAUCCUGGGCCACAAUUUCAACGCCAUGGAAACGGAUAAUCUGUUCGUCCAAGAUUACAACGGUGUCAUGGCGGAGAUUGCCAAUCCCAUGUAUGUCAUCUUCCCUUGGAUGGAGUGCGUCUUCCCCCGAAAGAAGCUCAUCCGUCGGAUCGAUACCUUGGUCGACAAGUUCAUGCAGCUUCUAACCGAUAAGAAGGUGAAUCCGGGAGAUGACAUGAUGACUUUCAUGCUUAAAGAUCCCGCCAUGUCGCAUCGGGAGCUGCGGGAUAAUAUGAUCACACUGUUCAUCGCGGGACACGAUACCGCCGCAGGCGCAAUAUCCACUCUAUUCUAUUUCCUCGCGCGACGGCCAGACAUACAACGGCGCGCACGGGAGGAAGUUCUGAACGUUUUGGGCUCCGAUCUCGAUCUCGACCCCUCCAUCGAACAGCUCUCUGGGGUUUCGUUACCGUAUCUCACCGCAUGUAUCCGCGAAGCCCUGCGCAUCAACACGCCUAUAUCCUACAUCGUCCCCCGCCAGGCGAGCCGACCUGUCCAGCUCGGGCAGUACGCUAUCCCCGCGCAUACUUCCCUGAUCGUGAAUAUUUACGCUAUCCACCACGACGGCAGACAAUGGGCGUCUCCGGACUCAUUCAUACCAGAAAGGUUCCUGGAGCGUGGAUGGCAGAAGUCUGGAUGGCUUCCGUUCGCUCUUGGUCCGCGUCAGUGCCCCGCGAGAAAUUUUGCAAUGUACGAGCAAAGGGCGCUGGCGGCGGUGUUUCUCAGGGAGUAUCAGUGGGCUUUGCCGGAGCAGUCUGUCCAUAGGGAUUCGUUGAAAAACACCGUCUCGCCAUUUGCUCUGACGUUGCCUCAUAACUUGGAGCUCACGUUCACGCGAAUCGAAAAAGUACAGAAGAUGCCGUUAGGUGUCCCGAAAGAUGGGGAGGAGAGUGAUCAUAGGAGCUUCCAUGAGCCUCGAGAAUUACUUACAGUGAAUGAUAGGGUUUAA